AUGUCUACCAUCCAGCAACUUAAGAAUUUCAUCCGGCACGGCAAGCAAGCUCGUGCCGCCCCCGAAGAGGCCCCAAGAAAGACAGAACAGCAGCAGGCGCCUGUAGUCCAGCAUAAGAAUGCUUCAGACCCUAGCAACUACGGACGUUCACAAGAACCCGCCAGCCACGAUUAUGGCGACGACGAGUACUCACGCACCAAGAGCAAGAAGCGUGUUGACGAUGAGAAGCUUGCCAAGCUUAUCGCUGAGGAGAAUGCUAGUAAGAGUAAAUUUCCUCGCUACCCUGGCCUUGAGCGCUGGGAACUUGUCGACAAGAUGGGCGACGGUGCCUUCAGCAAUGUCUACCGCGCUCGCGACACAACAGGUCAACAAGGCGAGGUUGCCAUCAAAGUCGUACGCAAGUACGAGAUGAACAGCAUGCAGAAAGUCCCGAAGGCAGCAGAGCGAUCAAAUAUCCUCAAGGAGGUCCAGAUUAUGCGUCAACUUGACCACCCCAACAUCAUCAAGCUCGUCGAAUUUUCCGAAUCUCGACAAUACUACUACAUUGUUCUCGAACUUGCCCCCGGUGGAGAGCUUUUCCACCAGAUUGUUCGCUUGACAUAUUUCAGCGAGGAACUAUCCCGACACGUUAUUGUUCAGGUCGCUCAGGCUCUAGAAUAUCUCCAUGAAGAGAAGGGCGUUGUUCAUCGUGACAUCAAGCCCGAGAACAUUCUGUUCGAGCCCAUUCCUAUGGUGCCUGCGAAACACCCUAGGCCCAAGCAGCCUGGUGACGAGGACAAGGUCGAUGAGGGUGAAUUCAUCCCCGGUCAGGGUGCCGGUGGAAUCGGCCGCAUCAAGAUUGCCGACUUUGGUCUUUCCAAAAUUGUCUGGGAUAACCAGACCAUGACGCCUUGUGGAACUGUUGGCUACACAGCACCCGAGAUCGUCAAGGAUGAGCGCUACUCCAAGUCAGUCGAUAUGUGGGCUCUGGGCUGCGUGCUUUACACUCUGCUCUGUGGUUUCCCGCCAUUUUACGAUGAGAGUAUCGAGGUGCUCACCGAGAAGGUUGCCAAGGGCCAGUACACCUUCUUAUCCCCUUGGUGGGAUGAGAUCUCCAAGUCCGCUCAAGAUCUCAUCAGCCAUCUGUUGACCGUAGAUCCUGAGAAGCGUUACACGAUCACCGAGUUCUUGGCUCAUCCCUGGAUUGCCGGAAACGGACCUACCCCUCGGGAUGAGGUGAAAAAGGCAGAUGGUAUGCUCCGUGCCUUUGACGCCAACAAGUUUGAGGAGGCUGGCCGACGAUACGACUUCCGAUCUCCUGGUGCUGUUAACCUGCGCGAGGUGUUUGAUGUCGGUUACGCCGUGCAUCGCCAGGAAGAAGAGGGCAAGCGAAGGGCACAGAUUGGACCUAAGGGCACACCUGCACGGUUCCUUGGUGGCCUCAACGAGGAAGAGGAAGAAGAAGACGAAGAUCACAUGGAGAUCGACGGCCAAGAAAACGACGGCGCCAAGCCUAACGCAGCAACCAAGGCUCUCGAGCAAAGCAUGCGAAAGGCCAACAUUCGAGACCAGGAGCAACAACAACAGUCUCGGGGUCGCGAACGGGAGCGAACUGAGAAGGGCUACGGCCAGCACUCAGCGGCUGUCGCUGCGGCAGCUCGACAGCAGGUCCGUGAUCGCAACCGCCAACGCGGAGCUUUUGAGCUCAACUUGGACAAUGCAACCCUGCUGGGCAAGCGAAACAAGAAAGUGCCCGUUAUGGGCGUUUAG